AUGGUCGUCACACGUGGCCAAGGGGAAGGCGACCACAGCCAAGCUGCCGAGAUGUACAACAUUGCGGAGCUGCUCAAGUCCGAUUCCAAAGUCAAGGUGGCGGGUGUUGAUUUUGACGGCAUCCUUCGAGGUAAAAUCAUGUCUAAAGACAAAUUCUUGUCUAGCAUUAAAAGUGGCUUUGGCAUGAGCUCGGCAAUUUUUGGCUGGGACAUGCAUGAUGUUUUGUACGAAACCAGUAAUACCAUCACAAGUUCAGAACAAGGCUUCUCAGACAUAGUUGCAGUCAUUGACCUAGCCUCUAUGCGGAGACUUCCCUCUGAAGAUAACAUUGCCUUCUUCUUUCUCCGAUUCUUGAUCCACGGUCAGCCUGUCUGUGCUGAUGGGCGUGGCAUCAUGGCUGCUCUAGAUUCAGAUUUGGCACUUUCAGGGGUAAAAGCAUUAGCUGGUGUUGAGCUGGAGUUUUUCAACUUCCAGACACCGUCGCAAGAUGGAUACAGCCCUGGCAGACGGGACUUGGCAUCGUAUCUGCAAUCUCACGCCGUCAAUCAGCUGAGGCCACUAACUGCCGGCAUGUUCGGCUAUAGCAUCUCACGACCGGUUAUGAGCAAAGGAUAUUUCCAUGACAUCUACGACAAGAGUCUGGAAGCGGGAUGCCCGAUUGAGGGAUGGCACACAGAGAGUGGCCCGGGAGUAUACGAGGCGAUCAGGCUGCUGACAAGAUCAAUUGGCGUGGAGCACGGCAUCACACCUUGCUUCAUGGCAAAGCCCAUUGAAGGAUUGCCGGGCAAUUCCGGACAUAUCCACGUCUCCUUACAAGAUGAGGGUGGCAGAAACCUCUUUGCAAGAGCAUUGAGGGACGAGAAUGCCCCAUGGCCCGACGUAGAAUACCUGUCGGAUAACGGACGGUCGUUCCUAGCUGGUUUACUGCAAGCACUGCCAGACAUCAUGCCCCUCUUAGCCCCCAAUGUCAACUCUUACAAGCGUCUGAUCGAGAAUUAUUGGGCGCCAGUGACCCUGGGCUGGGGUCUUGAGGAUCGACUUGCAAGCAUACGACUGAUCGCGCCGCCGGUGUCAAAGCCGGCUGCGACUCGCUUCGAAGUCCGCAUUCCGGGUGCCGACCUCCACCCUCACUUUGCCCUAGCCGCCAUUUUUAAAUCUGGAUGGUACGGUGUACAAAACAAUGCACCUUUGACCCUCCCUCCCACUACUCAGCUUUCGGAGGGACAGAAGCCGCAGCGCCUCCCCAACACGCUGGAGAGUGCGUUGGAGCGUUUUUCUGCCAAGGAUAGCAUGGCAAGGAAGAUCUUCAGCGACGAAUUUGUAGAGGCAUACACUAUCUCUCGUAAUCAUGAGCUAAAGGUGUGGCGCGAGGCCGUAACCGAUUGGGAGUUUAAGAGAUAUAUUGAGACCGUCUGA